GAAGAGAGGAAUUGCACUCUAGUGACUCAAUUCAUUCUCAAAGGAUUCACAGAUGGGCCCAAACUGCAGGUCACCUUCUUUGUGUUGUUCCUAGUGAUCUAUAUGAUCACCCUGAUGGGGAAUUGCGGGAUGAUCCUUUUGAUCCGGGCCAGUGCCCGGCUACACACGCCCAUGUACUUCUUCCUGUGCAACCUGUCAGUGGUCGAUAUCUGCUAUUCAUCCGUGGUCACCCCGAAGAUGCUGGCGAACUUCAUAGCGGAGACCAAAGCCAUUUCCUACUCGGGGUGUUUGGUUCAACUUCAGUUUUUCAUCAUCUGGCUCAGCACCGAGUGCCUGCUUCUGGCGGUAAUGGCCUACGACCGCUACGUGGCCAUCUGCAAACCACUGCUGUACUCAGCAGUCAUGUCCCAUAGAGUCUGCAUCCCGUUGGUGGCUAGUUCCUAUUUCACGAGUUUCAUGAGCGCCACGAUAACGACCUCGUUAAUCGGCAGGUUAACGUACUGUGGCUCCAACAUCAUCAACCAUUUUUUCUGCGACACCCCGCCGCUGCUAGCCCUGUCGUCCACCGACAGCUCCGCCGCCGAAAAUAUCAUUUCUAUCCUAGCCGGCUUCACCAGCGUCAGCUCCCUCCUGAUCACCCUCUUCUCUUACAUGUACAUUGUGACUGCCAUUCUCAGGAUCCGCUCCGCCGAGGGCCGGCACAAAGCCUUCAACACCUGUGCCUCCCACCUGACGGCCGUCACCAUGUUUUACGGGACUCUGAUCUUCACGUACUUACGCCCCAACACCAGCUACUCCCUGGGCCCCGACCAGGUGGCCUCUGUGUUCUACACGGUGGUGAUCCCCAUGUUGAACCCCCUGAUCUACAGCCUGAGGAACAAGGAGGUGAAGGAUGCCCUGAGAAGAUCACUGGGGUGGGGGCAGGGCUUCCGAGAUAAAAGUGUUGAUUAA